AUGGAGGACGAACUUUACCUGGAGAACAUCGACGAGUUCGUCACGGACCAGAACCGAGUCGUAACGUAUAAAUGGCUGAGCUUUACCUUGGGAGUUCAUGUGAAUCAGGCCAAGCAAAUGUUAUACGAUUACAUAGAGAGGAAGCGGAAGGAGAACGCGGGGGCCCAGUUGCACGUCACCUAUUUACUGGCAGGGAACCUCGUUCAGAACGGGCACACCUACCAUAAGGUUGCAGUAGUGAAAGAAGAUAAACUAGAAGCCAUGAAAGCCAAGCUCUCCACGGUGGCCAGCGUCCACGUCUACAGCAUCCAGAAGGCCCUGCUCAGGGACAGCAGCCCUCUCUUCAACACCGACUACGACAUCCUCAAGACCAAUCUCCAGAACUGCAGCAAAUUCAGUGCCAUUUGCUGUGCUGCCGCCGUCCCCAGGCCUGUCGCCGAAGACUCCCAGGCCGAGACCCCUGCCCAGGGCCCCCCCCAGCCUCCCCCCACCACAAAGGGGCCGGACGCGCCCGUGCUCAACGGCCAGGCACCAGGCACGUCGUCCAAGCAGCCCACCCAGCCAGCGAAAGGCAUCCUGGGAAUGUUUGCGGCCAAACCAGCCCCCAGACCCAAGAAUGGCCACAAGGAGGCUCACCUGGACGUCAAAGAGACCCCCGGGGCUUCAACGACCAACAGCAAAGCCCCAGCGAAAGGAAAUACGCUGAAUAACUUCUUUGGGAAAGCUGCCAUUAGUGCAGGCAAAGCCAGUCCUGAGCCGGAGCAACAGAAGGAGGAGCGAUCCGUGGCCAAGCCAGCCGUUCCUUCCACGGACUCAAAGUCUCCUCCUUCUCAUGAGAAGCCCAGCAAGGAGGCCGAGCCGGCCAGAGGGCAGCCGAGGGAGAAGAGAAGAGCAAAGAGGGCAGACAUGGAGGAGGAGGAGGAGGAAGAGGAGGAGAAAGGAGCCGGACGCUUGAAGAAGAAAAGGCGUCGGAUCAAACCACCCCGGUCAGACAGCAGCAGCGAUGAGGAAGGCGCUCCCUCGUCGCCCGCAGCUUCUGAAGACUCUCCCCCUGAGCCAGCUCAGAAGCCUCAGCCUCAGCCAGCGCCUGCGCCAGCUUCCGUGGGAGAGAAGAAACGCAAGCGGAAACGUGUCUUGAAGUCGAGAACUUUUGUAGACGACGAAGGCUGCAUCGUGACCGAGAAGGCCUACGAGAGCGAGUCGUGCACGGAGAGCGAAGAGGACCUCCGGACCAAGGCCGGCACAGCCCGCAAGGCCCCCCCUGCGGCCGCGAAGAAGGACCCCAAAGAGGAGAAGAGAAGCACCAAGAAAGGGGGGCUGGUCCCUGCCAAGCUCAACAAGCAGGCCUCCAUCAUGGGCUUUUUCCAGAAGAAAUGA